AAGGGAGAUGGUUAGAAGACGCGGAGGGGUUUCCGAAGCCAUUCUGGUUCGGAUGCGUUUUGGGUCCGAUGUGGGUCGGAGUUCGGCAUGCCUUGCUGGCGGCCGCGCUGGUGAGCGUACUGGUGGCCGCCGCAAGCAUGAUUGAGCCCCUCCUCGCGCGCGCCGCCGGUGGCCGGCUUCCUGACGCAGCCGGCCGCGCCCCCCUCGCGCCAAGCCCGGGUGCCCACUGCCCGGGAGCGGGCCGAGCUGCGGCAGCAGGCCCCAGGCGGGCCAGCUCUGCUGGCGGAGAGCCUGCCGGCGCAGCUGCCGCCACAGCGCGAGAGGCUUGCCGCCGCUGCUCGGCCCGAGGCGGGCUCGGAGGGGAGCAGGGGCGCGACGGCGCAGCAGCAGCAGCCUCCAGAGAGGGCGCCCGCCAGCGCCGUCGCCACCGGAGGGGUGGGGGUGCUGCCGACACAUCGGAGCGAAAGGCGUUGGCCAGAUACCACACGGGCCGGCCAGUGACCAGGCCUUCCUCGGCCUCCGCGUGUGGUCCGCCGUGCCAGUCGCCGCGCGCCGCGGCGAGCAGGGGCCGGCGCUCGUGCUCCUGCUGGAGCCGAACACGGGCUGGGCGGCCAAGAACGGCAACAAGUGGCGCCACUGGGCCGUGUUCGCUUCCGGCGUGGCCAGCCCCUUCCGGAAGAUACGCGGCUACAAGGAUGUGCUCUCGUGGCAUGCGGACAUGCCUGCGGCCGUGCACGCGGCGUGGACCGAGGGGCAGGACGAUUGGGCCUGCAUCACGUUCGGAGUGAGAGUCAACGCCAGCACAGGCCCAGACAUUGCGAACCUGACGAGUUGCCACCGGCCAUCCCGAUUGCCGUCUGCGCAGAAGCCGAACAACAUCACCCUGUGCUAUUGCGAGGCACCUUACAUAAAUCCGCUGGUUCCAGGGGCAAACGGUUUCUACAGCAUGGCGCAGAACAUGCUGUACCAUUUGCGCCACGGCGUCAACCAAGUGAUCGUGUACCUGAAUCUUAAGAACCGGGAUCUUGCUUUUAGGAUGUUGGCGCCUUUCGUGUCGCGCGGUGUAUGCUCAGUGGUGCUCGUGGACACGCAGUACAACUAUCACGAGCGCAAUCAGAACGAUUGUCUGAACAGACUGAAGGGCCGGACGAAGCUUUACAGAGACAUCGAUUUUGACGAGUUCCUUUUUGCCUCUCGCUGGUACGGUGACCCGCGCUGGCAUGUCGGGGCGUCUCUGGCAGAUGAGCUACAACCGCUGAUCGAUUCCGAUUCGUACAUGGCGCUGCCUCUGCGGUCUUACCACUGGGUGAAGCCGCUUGACACCCUGCAUCACUUGCUGACAGACACGCAAUACCACUUGAACUUUCAGGAGCAAAAGAAGGUCCUUUCAAAGCCCGAUUAUGUCGCCCAUGACUGGAUCCAUCAAAUCCACCGCUGCUACAAGAACAGCACGCACUUUUCCGAAAGGUGCUCUCCGUUUCCGGCCUACACUCAUCGGAGAACUUGAAGCGCGGCAUUCUUCAGCUCCGCUACGCUCACAUCAGGCCAACGAUGAGCGAGUCGGACAUCCAGACCGGAGUCAAGAAACGGCAGCCUGACGCACGACGACCUCUUCGCCAACGAGACCGUGCUGCUGCGGGGCCAGCUGUGCGCCUGGCUGCGGGAGGCGGGGGGGAGCUGCGACCCAGCGGCGUGGACGGGCGAGCGCGACGAGGCUGCGGCGGUUCGCAGCGAGCGCCCGCCCGAAAAACGGAGCCGAUCGGAGGCCGAGGCAGAGCGCGACGGGGCUCGGCCCCGAGGUCGUCAUGAAGCAGGCGGGUCCUGAGGGGCACGUGGGUCCGACAGGCUUUUCGCCGUUUGGGCGCUAUACUGGCCCAACGGGGUGGGAGGGCAGCGCCGACGCGAUGCGGAGAAGAAGGCGGACGAGGAGGAACAUACGAAAAG